AUUUACUUAUUUAUUUAUUGUAGGUGUAGUGUUAGAUGGUAGUUGGUUAUGUAUUUAUUGUAGGUGUAGUGUUAGAUGGUAGGGUAGUUGGUUAUGUAUUUAUUGUAGGUGUAGUGUUAGAAGGUAGGGUAGUUGGUUAUGUAUUUAUUGUAGGUGUAGUGUUAGAUGGUAGGGUAGUUGGUUAUGUAUUUAUUGUAGGUGUAGUGUUAGAUGGUAGGGUAGUUGGUUAUGUAUUUAUUGUAGGUGUAGGUGUAGUGUUAGAAGGUAGGGGAGUUGGUUAUGUAUUUAUUGUAGGUGUAGUGUUAGAUGGUAGGGUAGUUGGUUAUGUAUUUAUUGCAGGUGUAGUGUUAGAAGGUAGGGUAGUUGGUUAUGUAUUUAUUGUAGGUGUAGUGUUAGAUGGCAGGGUAGUUGGUUAUGUAUUUAUUGCAGGUGUAGUGUUAGAAGGUAGGGUAGUUGGUUAUGUAUUUAUUGUAGGUGUAGUGUUAGAUGGUAGGGUAGUUGGUUAUGUAUUUAUUGUAGGUGUAGUGUUAGAAGGUAGGGUAGUUGGUUAUGUAUUUAUUGUAGGUGUAGGUGUAGUGUUAGAAGGUAGGGGAGUUGUACUCCAGUCUUGUAGGUGGCGGUAAUUCAACAUUUAUUGGAUCCCAACCGCCGUUAAACGAAGAAGAAGAACAACAACAAGUCAAAAGAAAGGCCUGACGACAUGGGAACGUUUCAAGAGGACCGCUUGAACAUAAUUUUUGGGAAAAAACAAAUCGUUGCUGUGAGAGUUGUGUUGAGCGUCCCUGCUAACGCAAGUGCAGUGCAGACUGCUGUCAUCUUGACACACGGGGCUGGAGGGGACAUGAACUUAAAGCAUUUGGUUUCUCUUGCUCAUGUACUUGCGUCGAAUGGGCUGCUAUGUCUUCGCUUCACAUGUAAAGGAUUAAACCUGGUUUACAGAGUGAAGGCUUACAAUAGUGUUUGGGAACACUUGAAAUAUCUUAAGAAAUUCACAAUAAGACAAGUAUUCUUUGUUGGCCGUUCUAUGGGGGCUCGAGCUGCUUCUGCCCUGGCCAGGCAGCUCAGUGGUAGACCAGAGGAUGCAGUAGCUGGCCUAGUCUGUCUGUCCUUCCCCCUACACCCUCCAGGACAGACCCACACCCAUCGGCAGCGGAGUGAGGACCUCAGGGGUCUGCCUAAGGAGGUGCCUGUAUUGUUUCUGUCUGGCACUGCAGACAAUAUGUGUGAGAAGAUCCUUCUGGAGGAUGUUGUUAAAGAGAUGAAGUGUCCAACGACUGUUCACUGGAUUGAAGGAGGCAACCAUGGGCUUACAAUGAAGGGAAGGGCAGAGGAGUCUGUCCUGAAUGAAGUCAACUCAAAAGUCUUAUCAUGGAUUCUGGAACAUGAAGCUGAUUCUUGAUUCUAAAGUUGUUGUUGCUCCACACAUUCCGUAGUGUGUUAUCAUGCAUCAGUUUAUAUUAUGAAUGUGUUGUGCUUAUAAUGUAGAAUAAAUAUGUAUUUUUA